AUGCGCCUACCAAAUGCGCUUACAGACGACUAUGCUUUGUUCACAACGGGUUUGUUUCGCGGCUGCGCGCGUAACUGCGCGCAUCCUGUUACUACAUCACUGCACAUUGCAGCAUUAAAUGGGCAUGAGAAUUUAGUAGAAUACUUAGUCGAUAGUGAAGCGAAUAUUUGUGCUAAGGAUGAAACACAGAAAACACCGCUGCACUUAGCAUCGUUAGGAGGACACGAAAAUAUAGUGAAAUAUUUGACAGACAAAGGAGCCAAUGUUGACGAAAAAUACCUGGGGGUAAGAUUUUCGCUGUUGGAGAAUUGA